AUGGAUCAUGAAGAGGAGUUUCUUAAUACAUUCUUUACUCAAGUUGCUCAAUUAUGUACUGACAAAGCUAAGGAAUUAGUUGAAAAAGAACGUGGAUCAUGUCGUCAAACACAGUUGGGUCCAUGGGGAAUGUUACUUAUGCAUCUACCACAAAUAGCAGUGGCAGAACAUUCAUAUGCUGAUCUGGGAUUUCUUCAUACUAAAAAUAAAGGCUUUUUGAGAAAAGAUAAUUCACUCAAAACAGUAUAUGAAUCUUUGAAGUCUGACUUGAAAAGAGUAGAAGAAAUGACCAGGGGAACUAAUUCUAUUGGUGCAACAGUCGCAGAAGUUUCUAAUCAACUGUGCCAAUAUAUUACUGCAAAGAUACAGUUGAUAGAUUUUUAUGAAAAGAUGUACCAUAUGAGUAUAAACAACAAAGUUAUGAAAUACCAAGAGUUACUGCAGUAUAUAGAAGGAAUAGUAGAAAGUCAUUCUCUCUCUUGUUCACAUUUAGCAUUAACUGCUGUUAAGGCAAGUUUAACUUUAGAGUGUGAAAUAUUGGUACAAUUGACAAAGGCACAAGUUGAGCUACAACAUUGGAGGUUCUUAUCAACACUGAUGUCUUUAUAUGGUGCACAAACACGAAUGUCAGCCUGGGAAAGAACAUUGCAAAGUAAAGAGUCAUGGAAAUUAGGCUUCGGUGCAACUUUUCUGAAAGCAAAUCAACAGCCUGCAUUAUACCAGUGGUUAGUCAAGCUGCGUAGUAGCAUAUUAGCUAAAUGUUCUCUAUAUUUCCAUACUACUUUGAGUCAGCAAGCCAGUCCAGGAGAAAUGAAAAGUAUCUUGAGUAAACAAAAUGUGGAUUAUUAUCAAAAAAUACAGAGCUUUCAACGGAAACACGAUGUCCUAGCAGUUUUGAUAAUAUUUGACUCUAGAGGAGUUGAUGAUUCAGGACCGGGUUACAGACAUCCCCGUAGGGAGCCGAAUACUUCCGAACAUUUCCCUGUUGUUCUCAGCUGUCCAAGUACGUUUGCACAGCAAUCAAUGUAUCUAAACAAUAUACAGAAACGAAUUAAGGAACGGCAAGCAGAACUUCUAGCUAUGGAUAAGAUUGUUUAUUGUAAAAAUGUAAAAGACCCGUGCGUAUGUGCUAUGUAUAAUACUGAUCCUAGAAUGACACUUAUCACUGUGUUUGAAAGUGGUAAGCCAAGGGAUAAGGAGUCUCAUGUAACAUCAUUUAUGACAGAUUUGUGUAUGCAGAUUAGAUGCAACAAAGUAUAUGAAUUGUUGAAACUAUCAAAAUAA